CGGUGCAGGCUGUAAGGGUUACCAUGGCGACGGCGUUGCAGCUUGGUCUAAAGGCAUUCACCACGUCCUCUAUCCCAGAAAACGUUGUAAACCUGGGGGAAAAAAAAUCGCCAUCACGACAGAUCUCACCAUGAGUUAAACGACCUAACUGCAUCAUGGUAACCUUACAAGAAGAGACUCACACAGCUGUGAAUGGAGCAGACGGGGAGCUUUCAGCACCGGAGGACGCAGCUGGGGAGCACACGAUGCAAGAAAGGAGACUUGUUGAUACCCUUUUAGAUAUCAGCGAGGAGAACUUCUUGAAUGAGACAGAGCCGGAUGAGUACCAUUGUUACUCUGGUUGGGAGGAUGCUGUUUGUGGUUGGGCCAGAGUUGCUCCACUGAGCUGCAUACUUGUGACUUCAAACACAUACAAGAGACCAAAGCACGCUGACAAUGGAACCCCUUCAUCUGAUAACCCAACACCCUCUAAUGCAGACAGCUCAGCCAGCAUUGCAGAGCAGCGCUGUGAGUCUCAUGUUGGCCUGGACAACUUUAAGAAGUUUGUGUCAGUAAAUCAGCAAAUGGAAUCUUCGAGUCAAUGUGCUAUGGCAGCUCAACAAACAGAUGCUGCAGAAUGGUCUGUCCUUAAUGGCAUGCAGAGAAAGAAGACGCAUCUCUUACUGGAAGAAAAGAUAGACGAGAGAGGGAUGCACAGAGAGACUCUUCCUCAGUUUCACCAUCUGUCUUCAAAAUAUUCCGUGUCAGAGAACAGGCCUGCUAAGCCUCAGAAAUAUAAUUACAGGCCCAAUAACAGAGUGGUUCCCAUUCAAAACUUCACAUUUUUACCACCUAUCAAAUCACCACACCUGAUUUCCAAGGAGAGUGGCUAUCUCUACAGAGGCAAAAAGACUCCAGAGGGCCAAACCUCAGAAAAAAACUGUUUCAUUUUAGAAAAGAGGCGUGGAACAAGAGUGGACACCGUUGCUCAUUCAGGCCUUUCCGCUUUCUCUACAGCCCUGACCUCCAAGUACCAAACAUAUUGGCAAAACCCUCACAAUGUUUCAAUACCAAGACGUACUGAAUACGAUAUCUCCCAAACCUGACACAAUGUACUGUUGUAGCUACUCAAUGGGCAAAAGACUCACAGGGAAUUUGCUGCCUCUUCACAAACAAGACUGAACUUUUAAGCUGCAUGAGGCAUGUGAAAUAAAUGUUU